GCGGCUUCGUUUACAAAUGGUUGCUGGCCUAUGGUGUGUGCAGUGGUGUUACAAGUGUUUGUUCCUGGUGCCGGUUUAAUUUUUGUAAUUAAAUAAUCUUUUAUCACAAUGCAUCCCGGAGGAAAUGUUCUGUCAGACUCACAAGAGUCGAUCCUGUUCGAUAACACUUUGAUGGAACACAUUAAAAACGAUCUAGUUCCCGAUGGAAUCGAAGUGGACCAGUUGACGAAUGCAAUUUUCGAAGAUAAUGAUAAAAAGUAUUUAAGUCAUUAUCAAGGUCAGCCGAUUCAGCAGCCGUACAAUAUGUACGCUAUGACAAUGGUCGCUCCAAGAGACGAGUUUCCAGGACAAUUCGAUUUUCAGUUGAUGUUGAAUCAACAGGCGUCGAGUAAACAUUGGAUUUACUCUCAAUCUUUGGCGAAGGUUUUCAUAAACAUGGAUGAGGUUCUGCCAUUGCGCUUCAAGUGGGAACCUCCUGUGAACGGUUUAUUUUUGCGUACGCAAAUGGUCUACGUCCUGGAGCAGUACCGAUCGGAUCCGGUUCUUCGUUGCCACAAUCAUAUGGCAAUGCCAUGUAAAUCAAAUUUCGAUAGCCAUCACGUGACAAAUAGACAUGUGUUCCGAUGCGUGGAUCGCAACAGCACGUACGAAGAGACACAAUCGGGGCAUUUAACUAUCCGGACACCACUGGGCACACCAGACAUUGGCACAAUGUACGUGCCAGUGCAUUUCAAAUUCCUCUGCAAAAAUAGUUGCACCUCUGGGAUGAAUCGACGAGCCACGGAGAUGAUUUUCACGCUCGAGGACGAGCACCAGACUGUCCUCGGUAGAAGGCGACUGCAGGUACGCAUCUGCAGUUGCCCUAAACGAGACAAAGAGAAAGAAGAAGCCGAAGCCACCGGAAUUGCUCCUCAAAAAAUCAAAAAACGAAAGAUUACAAAAGCAGAAGCAGCGCAGUCGACUGCGAUAAAGAGGUGCGCAUCCUUUGGUGACGACACAACUGUUUGUCAUUUAGAUAUGGAUAUUCUCGGCAAGGAAGAAGCGAAAGCCGUCAAAAAGUUCGCUUAUGACAUAAUGGCAGGAAAGGCCAUUCGCACCGGCAAACUAGACUUAUAUAUGCCGUACCUAAGCAAAUUAUCGAAACCACCACUUUAAGUUUUCUUCCAUUUUUUUUUUUUUAUACUUUUAUACAAUCUUGUUUAUCUUUACUUGUUAUCCAUUAAUUGUAUAAUUUUAAAAUUUGUCUUUUUUAUACUCUAAAUACUAGAAUUUAGAAUUUCUAAAUUUAAUGACUGUGAGAGGAAAAGAAAUAUUGUGCCUUUACGAAAAGUGGACCAUUUUAGCGUUAAGAGGCUGCAAGUAAUUAUUAUAUUACCAAGAAUAAUAAUUUACUCUUUACAUUGAUGCAUUUUUUUUGUACCGUUGCAUUUACUUAAUAGGAAAAAUAGGAAAAUUUUCCUAAUU